CAGUCCAAGAAUUAUCCUCGUCACACUCACUGCUGCGCCUGCCAUCAGCUGCGCUGGGGGGCUAAGAAGAAAUGUCAGCUCUACUACUAUCAAUGGCUGCCUCCUCGAUUGCUUUGUCUCCGCUUCACACCAAAGCCUCCAAUCUCGCCUCCGCCACUCACAUUCCAUCCACUGCCCACUGUCGACUAAUCACUUGGCCUCCUCCUGAAGCCCCUCAAACUCGCGAACCAAGCCACCGUCGUCGUCAGCCGACCCCCAUCGCGCCGCUAUUUCGCCGCUGCAUUUGACGAUUUCGAGGCAGCCGAAGAUGAGAACUCCACUGACGACGAGGACCUCGCGGUUGAAGCCGAUGAUUACGCUCCGGAAAGCGAAGAAGGAGAAGUAGCAGCAGGUGUGAAUGGAGGGUUUGGAUCAAGUGACGAAGGUAGGCUGUACGUUGGAAACCUGCCAUAUACGACGACUUCGCGGAAUUAAAUGAGAUUUUCGCGGAGGCGGGUCGUAUCGCCAGCGUUGAGGUCAUCUAUGAUCGGGUUACAGAUAGGAGCAGAGGGUUUGGGUUUGUUACAAUGGCGACUGCCGAGGAAGCUAAAGCAGCCAUUCGAAUGUUCAAUGAAUCACAAUUGGGAGGUAGAAACAUAAAGGUGAACUUCCCAGAAGUGCCCAAGGGAGGCGAGAGGGAGAUGAUAGGCUCGAGAGUGCGGAUAGCUAUCAGGGGUUCGUAGACAGCCCUCACAAGGUCUAUGCUGGGAAUCUCGGUUGGGGCGUUACAUCUCAAGCUCUCAAAGAAGUCUUCGCUGAGCAGCCUGGAUACAUGAGUGCCAAGGUCAUCUACGAGAGGGAUACAGGAAGAUCUCGAGGUUUCGGUUUCGUGUCUUUCGAGACUGCUGCAGAUGCUGAUGCUGCUCUGAAUAGCAUGAAUGGGAAGGAGGUGGAAGGGCGGCCUUUGCGGUUGAACAUGGCUUCGGAGAGGCCGCAAUCUUCAUCAGGAUUCAAGUCAACAACCGAAGGCGAUAGCGGCCAAUUGGUUUCGAGCAUCAGCUCUGAGUCUGAGUAGACGUUUCUGCACAUCACUUGCGUACACUUCAAAGUUCAAAGUAUUUUGUUGCAUCUACCCUUUAACCUUCUAAAGGAGCUUUUGCUUUCACUAUGCUCCUCCAUCCAGCUCAAGUAUGCAGCUAUUUGUUUCAAAAU